AUGAGCGAAGACCAACCAAAGUGUCCUGUGGACCACUCGACGCGGGAAAAGUGGCUUGCGACGGCGGCCAAGGCAGAAAAGGCCAAACAGACCAAGUCUACGGAACCGGCACGGCCAGAACAGACCCAGUCGUUCUUUUCAAAGUUGUUUUGGGCCCCACCGAAAACUUCACAGAUCCAACCGUCUCCGAGCACGAAGCCGGCCGGCCACCCUGCGGUGCCUUCCGACUCCGAUGCUGUGUGUCCCGUUGACCACGAUGCGCGCAAAACGUGGCUGACCGCGGGAAAAACAACGUUCGCUCCAGAAGCCGUGGAGCAGGACAAAUCGUGCUCGUCCUCCGAUUUGGACAAACCGUCGCCUGUGGUGGAGGACGUGGACCUUCCGGAACAGCGUGAGAUCUCGUCGAUUCCCCGCACGGGCGCAGAGUCCAACUGGAUCUACCCGUCCCAGAAACAGUUCUUCAAUGCCAUGCGACGCAAAGACUGGAACCCGGAAGCUGGUGACAUGAAGACGAUCGUUCCUAUCCACAACAUGGUGAACGAGCGAGCUUGGAACUACAUUUUGAUGUGGGAAAGAGGUCAGGGAGGAGACAAGUGUGGAGGAGUGCAACUAACUUCUUUCAAAGGUGAUUCCAAGAAAAUCACCCCUAGAGCACGCAUUAGAAACCUCAUUUCAGGCGCAGACCUGCCGUUCGACAGACACGACUGGGUGGUGGACAGAUGCGGCCAGCGUGUGGACUACGUGAUCGACUUCUACAGCACGCCCCCAUCCGCAGAGGGCGAGCCAGCAUUCUUCCUGGACGUGCGUCCAAAGCUCAACACCCUGGAGGGCUGUCGUAUGAGACUGUUCAAGGCCCUGGGCAUUUGA